ACGGGACAUUUCAAAGCAAAUAUCUGCCUGAUUCAGUCAGUGAAACUAGAGGGUCUGAACAGCUAGUUUCUGACUGAAGGAAACUACAGUCAAGUGAGAAAAGAGGUGAUAGAAACUACAGCAGAGGAGCAUAACAGAAGAUUUUCACCGCCACACACUUCCACAAAGGAGAUGGAGUACAAAGUGACAGUGGCCACGGGGACCUCCAAAUAUUCGGGAACAAAUAACUAUAUAUACUUGACUCUGGUUGGAGAGAGAGGAGAGAGUGAGAGAACCGUGCUGGAAAAUACAGGUCUAGACUUCUGCAGAGGAGCAGUGGAUGAUUACACUGUUAAAAGUUCUGCUGAUUUGGGUCCCCUGAUACUGGUGCGCCUGGAGAAGCAGAAGUUCUAUGUGGAGGAUAACUGGUUCUGCCGUUAUGUGAAAGUCAGUAUACCUGGAGAAAGACGCAGCUAUAGUUUUCCCUGUUACCGUUGGCUAGUGGGAGAUAAAGUGAUAGUAGAGCUCAGAGAAGGCACAGCCAAAAAGAUCAGUGAUGACACCUUGCCACUGGAGAUAUCUCACAGAACGACAGAGCUUCUGGAGAGGCAGAAAAUAUACAGAUGGCUUGCAUGGGCCCCCGGCAUUCCAAAAUGCAUUGAUGCCAAGUCAGAGGCUGAUCUCCCGCAGGACGCUCGCUUUGACAACGAAAAGCGCAGUGACUUUGUGGGAUCCCUUCAGUAUGCGCUUUUGGAGCUCUCUCUGAAAAGACUGGCACUCAUGUUCGGAAAGUCUUGGGAAGACCUGAAAGACUUCAAAAAGAUCUUCUGGAUGCUAAAAAGUCCCAUAGCUGAAUACACAAUGAAUCACUGGAAAGAAGACAGUUUUUUUGGUUACCAGUUCCUCAACGGCUCAAACCCAAGAAUGAUUUCUAGGUGCAAGGAGCUGCCUUCAAACUUCCGUGUCACGGGAGACAUGGUGCAGUCUUCUCUUAUACCUACAACCACUUUGAAGGAAGAACUCAAGAAAGGAAAUAUAUUUCUGGUUGAUCAAGCAAUAAUGGAUGGGAUUCCUGCCAAUGUAAUCAGAGACAAGGCACAGCACAUAGCUGCCCCGCUUUGCUUACUGUAUGAACAUCCUGAGAAAGGUCUCAUUCCCAUCGCCAUACAGCUCGAACAGAAACCUGAUAAGGAAACACCCAUAUUUCUACCUAGCGAUCCACCUCUGGCCUGGUUAUUAGCAAAGAUGUGGGUUCGUCACUCUGAGUUCCAGAUCUUUCAGGUGUUAUCACAUCUGCUACGCACACACUUGGUGGCAGAAGUGUUCUGUGUGGCCACACUCCGACAGCUGCCUGCUGUUCACCCCAUAUAUAAGCUCUUGGCUCCACACCUGAGGUAUACACUUGAGAUUAACUGUCGUAGCAGAUCACAGCUGAUCUCCUCGGAGGGCAUCUUCAAAAGUGUGGUAUCAACAGGUGGAGAUGGACUCUUGAUUCUGGCACAGAGGGGGUAUAAAGUGUUAACCUAUCGCUCCUUCCAGCCCAAAUUUGACUUCAUGGACAGAGGAGUUACUAAAAUAAAAGACUAUUUCUACAGGGACCAUUCUAUGAUGCUGUGGGAUGUCAUUCAAAAUUUUGUUUCAGGAAUAGUUUCCCUCUACUACAAGAGUGAUCUUGAAGUUGAACAGGAUUCAGAAAUUCAGGCGUGGAUUAAUGAUGUGGCUGUGGAGGGCUUUGUGGAUCUGCCACAUUUUGGCCUAGCUAGUGAGCUGAAGACAAAAGAAGAACUCAUCACACUGUUAAGCAUGGUGAUCUUUACCAGCACAUCACAACAUGCUGCCACCAAUAAUGGACAGUUUGAUUGGUGUGCAUGGGUACCCAACACACCCUGCACCAUGCGGUGCCCUCCACCAACAGAUAAGGAUGCUGUCACCAUGGACAUGAUCAUGGACACACUCCCUGAUAUCAGCCAGUCCUGUAUGCAAAUGGCCAUCACGUGGCAUUUGGGCAGAGCACAGCCAGAUGCGAUUCCAUUGGGCCAGUAUGUGGAACAGUACUUUACAGAGCCUGCUGCUUUGAAAGUGAUUGAUCAGUUCAGAAAGGAGCUGAAAGAACUGGAGGAGCAUAUAAUAGCUCAGAAUGAGGGACAAGAACUGCCGUACCUUUAUCUGAGUCCAAGCCGCAUAGAAAACAGCAUCACCAUUUAGUGAAAACUCUCAUUCUAAAUUAGAGUAUGUGUCUGUGGAAAUUUUUGUGAGUAGCUAAAUCUUAAAAUUAGCACACAUACAAAUAACACCCAAAGUACUUUUCUGAGCUAUAGCUGAGGCUGAUAACUUUCUCCUGAAUGGCAUCCGUGACAGCAGAAAUACUGUGACAUAAUUACAUAAUUCAUUUAGUCUGAAACUUUUUUUUUUUUUUAAAGAAUCAGGGCAUUAAGAUUUUUUACAUUCAAGUUUGUUAACAGUAUUUAUUUUUACUUUUAAAAUUGUUAAAAAUAUAUAUUUUUAAAAUAAUAUAUAUUUUUAAACUUUAUUUCAUAAGGCACUGUUUGGAUGGUGCUGAACUGGUUUCUGUGGAUUUUUACUAACCACUAUAUUCUUUAAUUAGUGUGGUAAGCUUCAUUAAAUGGACUUCAUAUAUACUACAUUUAAAGUCUGUUUAAUUUUUUCAUAUAGUUUUUUUUAAAAAAAUACUAUUUAAAAGCUUCAGUAGUUAAAGUUUUGAAAAUCUCCAAUUGUACAUCUAAAAGAUGGUCUCUAAUUUUGGAACCAUGUUAGCUGAGAGACAAGGUCUAUACUGAUCAAUUCCUAUGUUGACAAAUUGCACAGGCAGUUUUAUUUUCAGUCAUUUAUUGUGAAAACAGAACAAAUGUGACCAUGUGAAAUUCCAUGUACUUCUGUAGUCUGUAUAUUCUAUAGAUGUUAAGUAUAAAUAAAAUCACAAUUAAAACAUU